GCAGGUGCAAGGGAUAGAUAAGUGGGAAGUAUUAUUGUUUGUUGUAAUGUACAUACGAGAUUUCGUACUUGUACAGUAUUAUAUCUGUAUAAGUAAAUAUCGAAUCGCGAAUAAUGACAUAGGUAAUUUAUUCUGUAAAUAGUUCUGUAUUUUACGCGAAAUCUUAAAUUUGUAAAUGUUUAUACGUAACCUAUUUUUUUGUUUAUCUUGAAAUGGCAAACAUCUAUGAUGAAGUAAAUGUAUGUGAGCACCAGUAUUCCGGUUGUAUCAACCCAUUAAGUGAAGAUAAUCUUAUGCUUGAAGAGGAAGCACGAUCUUCUGUGCCUCUGUUGGGUAAUAAUGAUGAACCUGCUACUUUUUGUGUAAGAUGUCGUUCAAUGUCGAACUCCUGUAAUUAUGUGACGAAUCACCAAGCCGAAUUGCGGAGCCCCGUUGGAAUGACAGAAUGGGGUAAUAGAAACAUAUUUGGCAAUGAAUGUAAUGGACAUCAUGACACAGUGCUCAACAACACACAAACACCACAAUACCUGAUCACUUCUGCAGGAGAUGGAGCAGAUAUGCCACUGCUUACUGACAGAGAGGGAUUUUGCAAUGUAACAGUGAAUCCCUCCAACUUCAUCAAUGAUGAAAUAGACCACUGUCAUAUGGCAACAGCACUACCACGUGGAAGCUCUGGAGCAUGGCAUCAGCUUCUUGCAGCCACACUCAUGUGCCUUCUCUUCAUGGUUGCAGAAGUGGUUGGUGGCUAUUUGGCAGGAAGCCUCGCUGUCAUGACAGAUGCAGCCCAUCUGCUCUCAGACUUUGUGGGCUUUCUGGUCAGUUUGGUUGCCAUCUGGUUGGGCAGACGAACCCCCACAAGAAGAUUUUCAUUUGGCUACUGUCGAGCUGAGAUCCUGGGUGCAUUGCUAAGUAUUUCCAUCAUUUGGGUGAUGACUGGAGUGUUUAUAUAUCUCGCAGUGCUUCGGUUCAUUCACCAGGACUUCAACAUUAAGGCUGACACAAUGAUGAUUGUAGCAGCUAUUGGUGUUGCCAUCAACAUUGUGAUGGGCCUUGUGUUACAUGGAGCCUGUAGUAAUGUGGGUCACCACCACAGUCACCAUGGCCAGUUGGCGCGAAGAAAUGAACGAAACAAACAAAAUAACAUCAAUGUUCGGGCAGCAGUGAUCCAUGUUCUGGGUGAUCUAAUCCAGAGUAUUGGUGUUCUUGUGUCAGCCUUCAUCAUUAAAUUUUAUCCAGGAGUAAAGCUAGUGGACCCUAUCUGCACAUUCCUCUUCUCCUUAGUGGUUCUUGCAACAACACUUCCAGUUUUGAGGGAUGCUUCCCACAUCCUGAUGGAGGGUUUCCCACGACAUCUCGACUAUACAGCUAUUGCCAACAACCUUAGUGCUCUUGAUGGGGUACGGACAGUGCAUAACCUACAUGUCUGGUCACUUACUCUCAACAAGAAUGCUUUAGCUGUCCAUCUUGCUGUUGAUCGGUCAGCAGAUUCAGACCUUGUGUUGAAGCAGGCCCUUUGCUUGGUGCAAAGGAAGUUUGACAUUCACCAUGCAACAGUUCAGGUGGAACGCUACUGUGCUGCCACCAUGCAGGACUGCCUCCAGUGCCAGGUACCAAAAGACUAGCAUCAGAGUAUUUUCUGUCUUGGUCCCAUAUAAGCAACAGCGUGAUGCAGUGCUGCCAGUGCCUCUGUUGUUCAUUGAUUGUGGAUGGACUGUGACAUUUUGUCCUACUUUUGUCCUGUACUAAGUUUCUCUGUGUGUUUCAGACUUUGAGUGAGGCGGUAGUUGAUAUUCACACUCAGAGAGCAAAAAGCAGAUUUUAAUAAUCGGAUUUGCAGGUUACAUUAUUGAUGUAAUUUUUUGUGUUCCUUUUUUUGGUACAUUUCUACAAACAUUGAUGGAGAAUGGUAUUUUUUUUGUUAUUAUUUCACAACAUAUGCUUUGGGGAUGGCAGAGAAGAAAUUGAUAUCCUUCCAUGUUCUCUAUGCUCCUGGAAUAUGACCCACUCUUGGAGGUUUAACUGUUUCCAUUCAUUUUUACCCUUUUACCCUUAUGUUUCCUUCAGAAUUAUGUGGACUUGUGUGGGGCAUCUUCGUUGGUUGCAUCCUGUUGUGUGUUGCAGAUAUACAUAGGAAUUAUGAUGUCAACACAACAAAUAUACUCAGUUUCAGUGUUUUACAAUUUGAUCUUUAUUCCUGCUACAUGU